CUACAGCUUGGAUGGCCACAUUUCAGCACGUUUUCAUUUUUGGAUAAACUAUUACUUAACUUUUGUCAGCAAGUCCAAAGCUUAUUCAGUUUUUCUCUAAAAAUGAAUACGUCAUUAUCGUCACACACAAUGACAGAGUUGAAGGUAAACAAAAUGCCAUAUUAGAGCAACAUUACAGUAAUAUUAGACUUUAUUACGACUUUUACAAGGAAUUUGUCAUCAUGUUGCUGAGAUAUUGUGAUUUUAUUUGUCAUUUGGCACUGAUAGUGAAUGAAAUCGUGAGGUUUUGCGCACAUGAAAGCACUGCAGGAGUCGUGCGAUCCGUGUGUUGUGUGAGACUGACCAGCGGUGUGUGUGUGUGUGUGUGUGUCAGGAGGCUCUGGAAGCGUGUCAGACGCGCGUCUCUAAGAUGGAGCUGCAGCAGCAGCAGCAGCAGGUGGGUCAGCUGGAGGGCCUGGAGAACGCCACGGCUCGCACACUCAUGGGCAAACUCAUCAACGUGCUGCUGGCUCUCAUGGCCGUGCUGCUGGUCUUCGUCUCCACCGUCGCCAACUGUGUGGUGCCGCUGAUGAAGACACGCAGCCGCUCCGUCUCCUCGCUGCUGGUCUUCCUCCUCUUCGCCGUGCUCUGGAGGAACUGGGAUGCUUUCUCAGGACACACCUCUCGCCUCCUGCACGUGCCCAGAUGAGCGCACAGAAGACAUGCUGGUUUCAGACCAUUUUGCACAGUUUUUCCCUUUUUAAUGCCUUUGGAGCAUUGCUCUGGAAUGAGAUUAAUAUUAAUAUUAUUCAUAUUUCUAAUAUAAUUUUAGCUGAAAGUAGCAGUAGCUCACACAAAAAUGAAAAUGCUGUCAUCAUUUCCUCAGUGUUGUGAGUAAUGUUAAACUCCCGUAUGCUGCUAUUUUUUCUGA